AAUGGCAGCCAUUAAAAGCGUUUCCGUUCUCGUUCUUGUUCUUGUUCUUGGGUCGGCCAUUUUUGCUUACUCGGAUAACGAAGUGAAAAAUUGGUGCAGCCAAACGCCAUAUCCAGCUCCAUGUGAACAUUUUCUCACGGCAAAAAAAACCGGCACAGAAAAAAACCGGCCAAUCGCUUCAAAAUCCCACUUCCUUAAAGUUCUGGUCGAAUCGGCCAUCGAGCGAGCCGUUUUGGCCCAAAAAAACGCCGUCGCUCUCGGGCCAAAGUGCCAAAACGACCGAGAAAAAUCUGCAUGGACCGACUGUAUCGAGCUCUACGACCAAAUCAUUCACCGGCUCAACCGGACCGCCGGCCGCUGCUCCCCGGUCGAUGUUCAAACCUGGCUCAGUGCUGCUCUCACAGCUCUUGACACGUGUCGAGCUGGGUUUGAGGAGCUUGGGGUUUCGGCUUUCGGCUACUCUUUAACGGCUAAUAAUGUUUCGAAGCUGAUUAGUGAUGGGUUGUCGGUGAAUAAGCCGGCUUCGGCUGAGGGGUUUGAGCCGCCGAGUAUGAAUGAAGGGUUUCCGACGUGGGUUAAGCCGGGAGAAAGGAAGCUGUUGCAGUCGAGCGCUCCGAAUGCUAACGUGGUGGUGGCGAAGGAUGGGUCUGGGAGAUUUAGGACGGUGAGUGAGGCGGUCGCCGCCGCGAAGGGCGGAGGGAGGUUUGUGAUUUAUGUGAAGGCCGGGGUUUAUAGUGAGAAUGUUGAGAUUAAGGCUAAGAAUGUUAUGUUGAUCGGCGAUGGCAUCGGAAAAACUAUCAUCACCGGAAGUAGAAGCGUCGGCGGCGGUUCCACCACUUUUAGAUCCGCCACCGUUGCCGUUGAUGGAGACGGAUUCAUCGCACGAGACAUAACUAUCAGAAACACCGCCGGAGCAUCAAACCAUCAAGCGGUGGCGCUCCGUUCCGGCUCAGACCUCUCCGUCUACUACCGCUGCAGCUUCGAAGGCUUUCAAGACACUCUCUACGUCUUCUCCGAACGCCAAUUCUACAAACAAUGCGACAUUUACGGCACCGUCGAUUUCAUUUUCGGCAACGCCGCCGUCGUAAUCCAAGAUAGCAACAUCAUCGCCCGCGAUCCUCCAAACAAGACGAUCACGAUCACCGCCCAAGGCCGCGCAGAUCCGAAUCAGAACACCGGAAUCUCGAUCCACAAUUGCAGAAUCACGUCGGCCAGUGGCCUCAGCGGCGUUAAGGCCUUUUUAGGCCGACCGUGGAGGGAGUAUUCGAGAACUGUAGUCAUGACAUCGUCGAUAGGAGGGUUUAUCAGUCCGGCGGGGUGGAUGGAGUGGAGCGGUAAUUUUGCGCUAAAUACUCUGUAUUACGGCGAGUAUAAGAACACCGGUGCGGGAGCUUCGACGGCGAAUCGAGUGAAGUGGAAGGGUUAUCGUGUAAUUACCAGCGCGGCGGAGGCUUCGAAGUUCACCGUCGGGAAUUUCAUUGCCGGUGGAUCUUGGUUGCCGAGUACCGGCGUCCCGUUCACUUCCGGCCUCUGAUUUGAUUAGCAAUUUUAAAUCUUAAUUACAAUGUAAGAGUAUGUAAGUUGCAGGAAUAAAUGAAAGAAAAUAUUGGAAUUUUAAAUUACAAAUUUAGUGAAAUAUUACUUUUUUUUUUC